CAGAGGGGUUCUCUUGUAGAUCGUGUGGGAGCAGGGAAGCAGACAACGAAUGCGACUACGACUGCUCAGGAAACCUUGCGACGUCAACGUGUAACGAAACUUUGUUUCAAAUAAUUAGUGGUUUUUUUCUUUUUAUAGACAUACAAAAAACAGGGGUAUAUGAUAAGAAGUUUGAUUGGGUUUGAGGUGCAAUUGUGUAGUGACAGUGUCUACGGCGUGUUCGAAAACGUGAUAGGUGUGACUGCGCAGUCGCCAUGUGCAGUAAAUUAAAAAGGUUAAAAGUGAUAUUUUAAUAAAGAAUAUCUGUAAACAAUGGCAAGGAAAAAAGACCUAGAAUUAGUGAGCAUAUAAUAGGAGGAAGAAUACUUCUUUGUAGAAAGGAAGUUUAACUUCGAAUCAUAAAAAGGUGUAGGGAAACAUGACAGAUGUUAAAUCAAUUGGAAUCUCUCAAAAUCAAUCGCAACAAGCACAACAGCCACAACAGCAGCAACAGCCGCAACAGCAGCAAUCCCAAUCGCAACCCCAGCAGCAGCAACAGCAGCAAUCUCAGCCACAACAAAUGAUGAUUGCUACCCAUGAUAUUCAACAGCAGCAAAAUGUACAACAGCAACAGCAGCAUGUUCAGCAACAGUCAUCUCAAUCACAACAAGUUCAACAGCAAGCACAGCAACAAGUACAGUCUCAACAAGUUCAACCGCAACAACAAAUGCAGCAACAAGUGCAAUCACAACAGCAAAUGCAAGUUCAACAACAAGUUCAGCAGCAGCAGCAGCAGCAGCAACAGCAGCAGCAGCAGCAGCAGCAGCAACAGUCUCAGCAGCAACAGUCUAAUAAUGGACCCCAUAAUGUUGUUCCUACUCAAGUGCAAGUGCAACCACAGGUAGCAGCAAUUAUGCCUCAGCAACAAGGAGCUGUUGCAGUAUCGAUGCAACAUCAACAACAAGGAGUUGGUGGUGUGUCUAUGACCUUGUCUGGACAACAAGGAGCAACAACCAUAACUACAAUGGCUGCACAUCCCCAAGCAGUACAAGUCAUUCAGCAACCUAUGCAAAAUCAAGCAUAUCAUUUACAGCAACUGUAUAAUACUCAAGGAACUCCAUUAAUAAUGCAAGGAAAUUUAGCUCUUCAUCCUGCAGGCAUUAAUCCCUCUUCUAUACAGGUUAUAACAGCUGGAAAACCAUUUCAAUCAGCUGCUCAGUUGACACCUCACAUGUUGACCACCGCAUCAACACCGGGUCAAGGUGGAGGACAUCCAGCAGCUGGUGGAACUAAAGUACAAGGCUUUCCAACAGGUUACUUACCGGUACCUACUUCUGCUACACCUGGUGCAGGACAGGCUCUAGUAUUUGGUCAACUUGGUGUAUUGGGUUCUCCGCAACCUCCUCCAUCUAUACAACAACAGCAACAACAACAGGCUGCAAGUAAACAAGAUCAAGUACAAAAGUAUACUACAUGUACAGCAGCUGCACCAUCCGGUGGAAGGGGUGGUAUGCAAUUUGCUCCCUGGCAAUUCACACCCCAAGUUGCUUGGACUGGAAUACAGUCACCAGCGCUUCUCACUAAUCAGAUAUUCAUUAGAGGUCCUACUCAACCUGAUAUGUUUAUACAAAGUCCACAACCAAUUCAAGCUCAUAAUGCACUGGCUACACAGCAACAAAUUCAGGGAGUGCAACAGAUAGCUGCAGCUAGUGGAAAACCGAAGGUAAUGGAUAUACAACAACAACAGCAGCAACAGGGUAAACAGAGCACAGGCGGACAACGACCUUUGAGUAUUUUGCCGUCCUCUCUACACGCAGUACAAGCUGCCAAUAUACGAGCAGCGAGUUCAGUUUCCACGCAAACUGUUCACGGAGUACAAGUACAGAGUGGAAAAGGAAGCGGUAGUAGCGGUAAAGGCCGUGCUAAACCACUGCAAUCGCCGCAACAACCUCAACAACAGUCACAGCAAACGAUGCAACAACAACAUCAACAGGUUUUUAUUCAACAGAAACAACAUACGCAGCAGCAACACCAGAUGCAGCAGCAAUAUCAACAGCAGCAAGUGCAGGCAUCGCAACAGCAGCAAAUACAGCCGAAACCAAUAAUGACGAAUAUGGCUCUGCAACAACAACAACAACAACAACAACCACCACCACCACCACCAGGUGUAGUUCUAGGUGGUGAACGCCCAAUAAUGCCUGUGGUAUCGGUAGGAGGAGUUGGAGUUACUACGUCUCAAAUGAGUCAAGUACCACAAUCUCCUAUGUCUGCAGUUCAGCAGUUACCGUUACAGGCAAUCAAUUCGACAAUAAUUGGUAACCAAAUAGUUAGCGGAACGUCACAAGUUCAGACGAUGUCUAUGAUAAAUCAAUCAAUGGAUCAGCAAACACAUGAAAAUAAUCCUACAAUAAUGAUUACCUCACCGGAUCGUAGUCAUCAAGCUGAAUGCUCUUUAAUAUUACCAUCCGCUGCUAGUACACCAAUUACAAAUGAAGACAAUUCUAAGCAGAUUUUGAAAAAAGAAGACUCGCUACCAGUCACGAUCGAAGAAGUUUCAAUACCUCAACCCGAAACUACAGAUGCGGACCAAUGUAAAGUACCUAUAAAAGAAGAAGAUAAUUCAGUUUCAAAGGCAGAUGAUAAAUCUUGUAACAAUCCUUUAGCAGGAUUAGCAAAUACAAUUAAUUCUAUCACUAAUGGUAUAGCUAGUGAAGAAUCUGUAGCAAUUCCUGUUUCUGUACCAGUUACUGCAAACAGUAAACAUGUGCCUCCAAAAGCAAUGGUCAAACCGCAAGUCCUUACACACGUAAUCGAGGGCUUUGUCAUACAAGAAGCAUCUGAACCAUUUGCUGUUAACCGUACGUCGUUAAAUAAUACAGUUAAUCAAGAUACGAGUAAUAUUUUAAAUCGUAAUAAUUCGUCCUCCGAAAAGGAAAAUCACGAUGAACCUCCGAGAAAGAAACAUGCACCUAAUUAUCCCAACGACGAAGAUAUAAAUAAUAUUCAAAUUGGAAAAUGUGAAGGUUGUGGUAAUUUAAUAGACGAGCAAAAUAUUAAAUUAAAGAAAGAAAAGAGAUUCUGUUCCUCUGGUUGUGCAAAGAGCAAAAAACGUGAGAGAGAUCGCGACGGUGGUGAGAAACAGUGGACUGAAAUAGAGACUGACUCGAAAAAUGAAGGAGAUGCGAUGAAGAAAAACGGAGAAGAGAAAUCAUUGUCGACUACAACUACUUCUUCCAUUGACGAUACACUGCCGAAGGUUAAUCCUGUGAAAUGGACGGUCAAUGAAGUAUGCGAUUUCAUACGUGGAUUACCAGGUUGUGCCGAUUAUGCAGAAGACUUUGCCAUUCAAGAGAUAGAUGGUCAAGCACUUAUGUUGCUGAAAGAAGACCAUCUUAUGUCGGCAAUGAGCAUUAAAUUGGGUCCCGCAUUGAAAAUCGUUGCAAGAAUUGAUUCAAUGCGCGUGGAAUCAUUGUCAAAUUCUAAUCCUACGUCUAAUAGCUCGUAAAUGUUUAUGGUUUAAGACUUUCACCCUCUCGAAAUUUCAAGUUGCAGCCCAUGGGCUACAGGGUUUGUGCAAGUAUUCAGAUUAUAGAGUUAAGAUUUUAAAAAGAAAAAAACAUAAGAUGUUUUUAUAGAAAUAAAUAGUUUUCCUCUUUUCAUUUAACUUCAUAAAAAUAUCUUUCUUUUCAAAUAGAACAAAAUAUACUGAUUAAUCAGUUUUAAUACUUUAAAUUGUACCAACAUGAUUCCAAAAUCGAUCUAUGUAAGACUAUAACUUCCGUACUACAUUUUGGUAGAUAAAAUAGUUAUGUUGACAUUUCGAAUAAAAGCAUAGCUUUUAUUGAAUUCUUUUUUAAUUUUAAUCUACCAUAUUGACAACAUAUGCAUGUACAUGUAUAAAACAUGCUUCAUUGCGGUAAGUCUUACACUGAUUGACUUUUACAAAUGUAAAUAGAAAUAAAUUUUGUAGAUUCUCUUUUAUUUUAAAAAAUGUAAGUAUAUCAUUUUCAAAAAUUCGCUCUAAAAUAACGUUCUUUAAAUAGAAGAAUGAUCAAGAAACUGAGUACAAAUUAUGUCCAUUACACGAGAAAAGAUAAAAUUAUCUUGUUGUAUAUAAACUACCCGGCGUAUAUAUGAUGUAUUUUGUACUCGAAAAUUACUUUUGGAAGCUGUACAAAAACCAUUGCCUUUCGUGAGACUUGAGAAAUAAUCUCGAAAAAAGAAUAAAAUUCAGCAUUUUUAAAAUGUUAUCCUUUGUGACAAACAGUAAUUUAUGUGCACGACAAUUUCAAAUUGAGACAUAGGACAUCUGAAGCAAUGCAAUUAACUCUCGACCAUAUAUUUUGUAAAUGUAUCAUGUGCACUCAACUUGCAUACGUGUAAAUAUUAAACAUAGAAUGUUUAUUUAAUAUACAAAUUUUAUAACAUGAAAUUUUAGUUAUUAACAAACAUCAUCCUUGUAUUUAUAGUGACUCAAGUUUUAGUUAAGGAAUUGUUCAUUUUAAGAGGAAAAAAGUAUAUAUAUUUCUGUUAUUUAUACAAAGCAUCACCUGAUGUUGAAUGACAAGUAGAACAAUAUUCCCAGUUUAAUGUGAUACUUUGUGAAUGUGAAAUGUGUUCAAUGAAGUGGAAAAAAAAAAAA